AUGGCGAAAGCUAACGACGUCUCAGCAAUGGAAAUCGAUUAUCAGAAUUCAACGGCACCUGAUCAGAUCUCUAACCCUAAGUUCUCAAUCAAUGUGUUGCAGCUCUUGAAAUCUUCUCAGAUGCAGCAUGGAUUACGGCAUGGGGAUUACACUCGCUACCGGUACGAAUUGCAUUAG